AUGACCGUCUGUGUAGAAGACGACGGUUCAAGCAGUGCACUUGGCCCAUUUCCCCUCCCCCUCCUACUCCUCUCCUGGUGGGCGCGCAAGGUGGGGGGCCUUGUCUGGGCGGUCAAAGUCGGCUCCGUUGUACUGUCUGGCGGUGGCGGAGGUGGUGGUGACACGACGAUGGGCCACAGCUCUGUCGUCUCUAGCGUGGGUGCACAAAAUUCGCCUGUGUAA